GGACAUAGUAGGAGAGCCCCUCAUAAUCUGAAUAAUUGACAUAGCCUCACAGAUAUAUUAAUUAUUACAAAACUCUAAGCUUGAAUUAUGAAGACAAGAAGUCAGAAGGAAAUAAAGCUCCUAUGCCAGUUCAGCCAUUCCUGAUACAUCAUGGAAUUUUAUGGGAAUUAUCUCCAGAAUUUACUCAUGCUCACCAGACUUAACAAAGCAAACAAGAAAGCAUGGGCGAAAAACCAGAAAGCGAUCAUGACGUUUUUUGCCAAGAGAUCACCAAUGUAUUACACAUUGGUAAAUAUAGACAAGAACAAUAUCCAGGAUUUGAUGAGUCAUAAUUACUACAUGGUUUGAACCUUUAAGUUUAUUUUAACCAAUACUCAAUCCAUCAAAAGUUUAUGAACUUUCCUUAACAAGAUAGGGAAGAACAGCCUAUCCAUCAGGAAGAUUGAUGUGCAGAUGAAGCAGCUCAAGAAAAUGACUUGGAUCAAGAAUUAUAAUACUUUGUGCGAGAAACUUAUCAAGAAGGGACACAACCUAGAAAUCAUCCAGUGAAAUCCAGAGGAAUCCUAUAAAGAUAUAAUCUUUCCUUUGAAUGAAGAGACUUCCAUCCGCUAUGUUUCUACCUGAAGUUUACAAUUCGCUAACCGAGCCAAUGUUACUGAGGCCAAGAUGCUCACAACUAAUCUGAAUGAUUAUAAGGGGGAUGACCUACAAUCCGAAUACGAUGUGAAAGCUAAGAGCAUCAAGAUUAUCUCUCAAGACAUGAAGAUGUUGAUGAACAACAUCUGAGGCACAGAAAGCUUGCUUGUCAAAAACAAGCUUAAACAUGUGUAUCUAGACAUAUACCAUAUUAUCGAGGUCUCGACUAAGUCAGUAGAGAAGCUACGAAAAAUCUUCCACAAAGAGUGAAAAAUAUCGUUCAAGUUUCAUAUCGGAGAGUUUAAGACAGCUUUGAUGUACUACUAUCUGUCCAAAAACUGAUCGCUAAGUCUAUAUGAUCGAGAAAGUAGAGAUUACUUGAUAUAUGACUUCCCGAAGAUCUACUUUAAGUACAAUGACAUCAUCUACCAAAUCCGCGUUCAGAGGUUAAGACUGCUAUACUUUUUCUACUGCAAAUACCAGUUAGACGUGACUAAGAAUUUUGUGAAAUUCGAGCUCUCCAGAGGAAUCAAAGAUGCUUUUGUCAUUUUUGAGAAUAGCUUAUAUGACCCACAAAUUGUGAACAGGAAGGAGAUCCCAGAUUUGUAUGAUGACCUUGACUUUGAGCUAGAGUGAGAAGACACUUUCAUUAUCAUGAACAAAGACAUAAACCUGUCUUUAUAUCACCCAAAUGUACUGGAUUCGAAGAAUUAUGAGCUGAAUGUUGUAAAGCUGAAACGCCUUGUUUGCAAUCUCUUCUCAAUCAAACUUUUUGAAAUAAGGAAAAGCUUCGUAGAAUUUUGUGAAAGAACCAACAUUGGCCAAAUUCAUUUUAAUCUCAGAUUUUCUGAACGGACUUGGAGUUAUUACAGAGGAUGAAUGAAGAAGAUUCUCUCUAUUAAGCCAAGAUCCCUUGCGAUUCUUUUGCAUCAAGAAGACGCAUGCAUUAGAGAACUACAGGAAAGCUACAAAUCAAGGAAAGACCUAGCGCAAAUGAUCUAUGACUGUAAAAGCCUUGAAAUCCUAAUCCUCGAAAUGGACACCCCCUACUCGUUCAAAGCAAUGAUCAAUUACAAAACCAUAGAUUCUCUCCUCGACCAAUUAACUCGCAUCAUAAAACUGGACAAACCGACCAUCGAAGCCCUCCUAAAACAGUCUAAAACCCGCGUUGCCAUCUCUAAAACACCUCAUCUCCCAAUAGAGUACCUCACAUACAAAUGCUCAAUUUACUCCAAAUAAUUCACUAAAGUUCCCACUUAAA